AAUUAACCACCACCUAUGCUGAACGCUGUCUGAUAUUCACCCGAUGGCCGUCGCACUGCAAGACGUCAGCGACACCCUACUACCGCGCAAAUAUCAGGAGGAAAUAUUCGCGCGGGCGCAGCGCAGCAAUGUUAUCGCUGCGCUCGACACAGGGAGUGGCAAGACGUACAUCAGUACGCUUCUCAUCAAGUGGAUAUCAGCGCGGGAUGCUGGGCUCGGGAAAAUCAUCGUCUUUCUCGUCCCGAAGGUGGCUUUGGUAGAGCAGCAAGGAGACUUCAUCGCCAGGCAGACCCCGCUGCGGGUCACCAAGUGUUGCGGGGCGACGGCGAUCGACUUGGCGGAUCGCGUGGGCUGGAAACGAGAGUUGGAGGACACGGAUGUGCUUGUCAUGACCGCUCAGAUCUUCCUCAACAUACUCACUCACUCGCACUGGAGCCUGGACAAGGUGUCCCUGAUGGUCUUUGACGAGUGUCAUCAUACGCGGAAGAAUCAUGCUUACAACGGUAUUAUGCGAGAAUACUUCCAGUUCGCAGUCGAACAGCGCCCCAAGAUUUUCGGUAUGACCGCGUCGCCCAUUUGGAAUCCCCGCGACGCCGUUGAGUCGCUGGCGACUUUGGAAAGAAACCUCGAUGCCAAAGUGAUUGCGGUCCGCGAGCACGUUGACGAAUUGAUGGGCCAUUCACCCAAGCCUGAAGAGGUGUUGCACGAGUAUCCAGCACCUCUGGAAAGCUAUCCGGCCUACCCGGAGUACACUCUCUGGAACCGUUUGCACCUGGACACACUCCCCCCUCACAUCGACAUCCCGGUGGAGAAGAUCCGCGCGAGAUACGACAUCACGUACGCCAGUCUGGGCCCUUACGGCGCCGAGCUUUUCCUCUACACCGACAUGAAACAGCGCAUCGCGCAGAUGCUAUUGCAAGCCAGUGGGGCUGAACGCGAUUUCUUAUCGUUCGCAUACCCCGGUUUUGGCUUGGAUGACCUUUCGACGAAGCCUGGCGCAAUGAAUGUCGAGCUCCCACCGGAGGCGGAAGACUUGCAGGACGCCCUGAUCGAAUUCCGUUCGUUCUUCGAGGAGACGAACGACCCAGAGGCGGGACCGCUCACGGUCCAUUUGAAAUGGUGUUCGCCGAAGGUCCGAGAGCUCAUCGACAUUCUCUUCGAGCAUUAUACUGGGACAUUUCAAGGCAUCGUGUUUGUAGAGCAGCGUCAUGUUGCAGCUUGUCUGGCGACUAUGCUUCCUCGUGUGCCGCAGCUCAGCCACCUCAUUAAAGCUGGGCAACUGAUAGGACACGGGGCGGCCAACUUGGCUAAAUCGCAAGUAAGAGGAAUGGCGCUCCGAACACAACAAGACAUCGUUAGGAUGUUCCGAGACAAACAGAUCAACCUGCUCAUCGCGACAUCCGUUGCAGAAGAGGGUCUUGACUUCCCGGCAUGCGAUCUGGUCAUUCGAUUUGAUCCCCUCCAACACAUGGUCGGGUACCUGCAAUCCCGCGGGCGCGCACGCCACAGAAGCUCGAAAUUCAUUAUUAUGGUUCAGGAGGGCCAUCUCACCCACGCCGCGCGCUACAAGGCGUUCUCAGAAAGCGAACCGCAACUUCGUCUCGUCUACCAGAACCGCGACGUACGUGACCGUAGCCCAGAACCGGGGGAGAUUGAAGAGGAGGAAGAGCGAGACGACCCGGAGGACAUCGCCCAACGAGAACGCUACAUCGUGCCUCACACUGGGGCCGUGCUGACAUACAACAACGCGAUCGGUCUGCUGAACCAUCUUUGCUCGCUGAUCCCCCACGACAGAUUCACUCCCGUCUACCUCCCAAAGUAUACCGGCGACUUCCAAUCGACGCUGCAUCUGCCCUCGAGUCUUCCGCUCCCCCAGCAACACCUCACAUAUUAUGGCCCGGAGAAGCGCUCAAAGAAAGAAGCUAAACGAGCUGUCGCAUUCUUGGCCGUGAGGCAGCUGCACCAGCUCAACGUCUUCGAUGAUUUCUUGCUGCCCGCUCAGAGCGGUUCUACGGGCGAUCACGAAGACGCCGACGGACGCACGAUACAGGACGUCAGCAAAGUCCCAUUCAUGCUGACUGACGUGCCUGUGCGAGACCCUUGGACGCGAGGCGCCGUGCAAUACGUGCACGCCGUAUACCUUGAUGGCAUCCCUACAGCAGGUCUCGUCACCGGAACGCUUCUGCCCCAGGUCGAACUCGUCUGUCGGGGUACCUACGUGUCUAUCGGAGACGGCGUGCGAGUGGACUUCGACUACGAGAACGAGUGGGAGCAGCGUAGGAUGAUGGAAGACUUCAUGAGAAUGGGACUCUGGUGGUGCAUCACUGGAAGAGGAAUCGCUCUACCACUGACGUGCUACCUAGUUCCAACCACUCACGAUUCUCAGGUUGACUGGGCUACCAUCGAAAAGGCGGUGGCGAAUCAGUAUGGCAACCCCGACUGGUCAACUGUGGGUGAAGAACAUUACUUCCAUACGCUUGUGAUCAACAGGAUGGAACAUGGCAAGCCGAUGCUGCUCCGCAAGAUACGCACUGACAUCACACCGAUGUCUGUCCCUCCGCCUGGUUCUCGCGAAGCAGCCUAUCCCACGUACAGAGACUAUUGGAUCCACAAGUUCACGCGAAGAGAUGUUGUCCCCGAGAUACCUGAAGAUGGCCCGUGCAUCGAGGGUCAGCCCUAUGCACGCCAUGCGGCAUGCGCGUACGCUCUCGAUAAUUCAGGUGAGGGCCAAGCCGCACCGAUGAUCGUCCCCCUAUCCAUCCUCUACCCCAUGGGCAUGUGCAGAUGGGCAGAUAUCCCCGAAGACGUCUUCCGCACCUUCCACGUCCUGCCCGAGCUAUGCCACCGCAUCACAGACGUCUACCGCGCGCGUACGGCUCGAGCUGAGCUGAGCUUGCCCCCGAUCACCGACGAUCUACUCAUUCAAGCGCUCACCGUCCCGAGCGCAAACGCCGGCUUCAACAAUCAGCGCCUCGAGACCCUCGGCGAUGCCGUCCUCAAGCUCUCUGCCGUCGUCCACCUAUUCAAUCGCUUCCCGCAUCGACAUGAAGGCCAGCUCGACGCCUUACGUCGGAACUGCGUCUCGAACCGCACGCUCAUGUCCCGAGCACUCGAACACAGACUAGAGCAAUACCUCACCAGCGAAGGCCAGAGCAUGCGUCUCUGGCGGUACACCUUGCCGCCAGAUGCGGACCCAUCGGAGACGGCACCCCAAAGGUACGCGCCGCGUACAUACCCGCGUAGAAGCCUGCAGGAUUGCAUGGAAGCUACACUGGGAGCAGCGUUCGUCACUGGCGGAAUAGAGAUGGGUCUGCGUGCGGGCACGGCACUGGGCCUUAGUUUCGGCGGACCGUGUCCAUGGAACAUGCGCUACAGCGGUCGCAUCCCUCCUAGUCCAGUGGCGAGCCUCUUCAUUGACUUACAGGAGGUACUAGGGUACCAGUUCCGAAGUGGUAAGCUUUUGCUCGAGGCAAUGACGCACCCCUCUUUCGGAUCACUUGAGACGUCCUCGUAUCAACGCUUGGAGUUCAUGGGAGACGCGCUCAUCGACGUCGUCGUCAUGAAGUACAUGUACGAUAAAUUCCCAAAGGCCAACUCCGGACAGCUCUCUUGGGCGCGCUCCCGGGCCGUGUGUGCGCCGGCUCUCGCCUCCGUCGCCGUCAAGCGCCUCGGCCUCCAUAGGCUUCUGCUCGUCAACAACGUCGAGUUGAGCAUCACCAUCGGCAAACACGUACCUAUCCUAGAGGAGCUCACGGACGAGGAGAUCAUCCACAACGCGUGGAAGCAGGACCCGCCGAAGGCGCUUAGUGAUGUACUAGAAAGCUUGCUCGGCGCGGUCCUCGUCGAUUCUGGUUAUAACUUCGAGAGAGCGGCGAGUGUCGCGGAAGUGUGCAUGGGGGGCCUGUUGUCAGUAUUGUCGCCGAACCUUCCGAAGGACCCCGUAUCCGAGUUGAUGAUAUGGGUCGCGCAAUCAGGAUGCAGGAAGGUGUUCUUCAAAAAGAGUAUGAGUCGACCGGAAACCAAACGUAACGACGGUAUCUCUGUCGUCGUACACGACCAUACCAUCGUUGGCCCCGUCAUCGCUCUCAAUCUCUCCCUCGCGAAGGGACUCGCAGCCGAGCGCACCAGAGCCCUGCUUUCGGACCAGAACUCGCCACAAUGUCUGGCGCGCAUAUGCACCUGCGCGGAGGACGCCGUUGAAGUGAAAGGGCGGCAAAUUGCUAUUGAAGAACUGCCGGAGGAUAAGAAGGAGCUCGACGACGAGACGGAGGAGGGCUUCGCUGUCCUCGCACGGAUAAUGGAUGGCGAAUUUAGCGGGCGCGUCCCGGACACACCCGAGCUAGUGAAGCAAGAGGGGGAGACGUCGGACGAGGACGACUGGGCCGAGCUCGCAGAGGUCGAGGCCGUGCUCACCGUAGACCCCGCAAUGGUCGUCGACGUGGAUGCGCGGUCCACCGCCACACCGCCGGUGCCCGUCGUCGAGGUCGUGAAUGUGAAGGCGAAGGCGAAGGCGGAGAGCGCCGCAAGUGAUAUGAACAUCGACAUCGAUAUCGAAAUGGACCCCCCGGAACCGCUCCCGACUGCGCAUGCCAUGCUCACAACUCGCGCCACUGUCUAGUGUUUGCCCCGUCCGCGCCGCCGUCGCACCCACCGCCAUCCUCGGCCCAAGUGUUUUCUUUCCGGUGGGCUGAGAACAGCUGAAAGGAAACACUUGGGCUGAGGAUGGCGGUGGGCAUGACGGCGGCGCGGCAGCGGGGCGGGCA